UACAGUGGCAGUUGGUUGGUGGAAGAAGAGGAGAGUGUGAAUCAUUUUACCAGACGUCGGCGAUGACGCACUCUCCUUGCUCCUCCAUCGUUUUUGCUCGCUUUUUUGGGCAACCACUCCUCCCAAUUCCAACUCCCAGCCGUUUAGGGACAGGGGAACGCAAAACCCAAACCCCCUCAACACUCCGGCUCCGCUGCCACCGCCGCGACGCCGCCUCCGUCGCCAUGGUGAAGUCCAAGGCCAUCAGGGUCCAUGAGCUGGGCGGCCCCGAGGUGCUGCGAUGGGAGGAGGUGGAGGUCGGGGAGCCCGGGGAAGGGGAGAUCCGCAUCAGGACCACCGCCGUCGGCGUCAACUUCAUCGACAUCUACUUCCGAAAGGGGGUCUAUGCCGCGCCCACCCUGCCCUUCACCCCAGGAAUGGAAGCUGUUGGCGUCGUCACCGCUGUUGGGCCUGGCCUCACUGGCAGAAAGGUCGGUGAUGUUGUUGCAUAUGCUGGCAACCCCAUGGGCUCCUAUGCUCAGGAGCAGAUCCUUCCAGCGGCUGUCGCUGUUCCCAUUCCUCCUUCGGUUGAUCAUAAGCAAGCUGCUUCCGUGAUGCUCAAGGGCAUGACCGCCCAUGUUCUGCUUCGCCGGGUAUUCAAGGUUGAGAAUGGGCAUACUGUCCUGGUCCAUGCCGCUGCUGGCGGAGUUGGCUCACUCCUUUGUCAAUGGGCAAACGCGCUCGGUGCCACUGUCAUCGGGACUGUCUCCAAUCAAGACAAAGCUGCUCAGGCAGCUCAGGAUGGAUGCCACCAUCCCAUAAUUUACACUAGCGAAGAUGUCGUCGCAAGAGUCAAGGAGAUUACAUCAGGAAAAGGUGUCAACGUCGUCUAUGAUUCUGUUGGGAAGGAUACAUACAAGGCUUCCCUGGAGUGCUUGGCGCCCUGCGGCUUCCUGGUGUCCUUUGGGCAGUCGUCAGGUAAACCUGACCCAAUCCCAAUGAGCGACCUGGCUUCCAAGUCGCUGUUCCUUACUCGUCCUAGCCUCAUGCAUUACACUGCUACCCGUGAUGAGCUGCUGGAGUCAGCCGGGGAGGUGUUUGCCAAUGUCGCUAACGGGGUGCUGCGCGUUCGCGUGAACCACACAUAUCCGUUGUCGGAAGCUGCCCAAGCCCAUGCAGAUCUGGAGGGCAGGAAGACCUCAGGGUCCAUAGUGCUCAUCCCGGAUACAGUUAGCUAGAGAUAGACAGGUAGCAUCAAAUGAAGCAAGGGCAUGUAAAUGAAUAAAUGUAAAACGGAGAAGCUACCAGCAGUAUGAUCUGGUUAGGGGAACUGGGUAAUGAUAUCUAUGCUGGUUUUCUUAUAUAAGCUGUCUAUGCUAUGUUCGAGUCUGUUUCUCUGACUCUGAAAUAUGAACGAAUGAACAAGUGGCGCUCUUGUUGUUGGUUGAUGAGAACAGAUAUACUUUUGCUGA